ACUGAUGUCGCCGUACAAAACAUAGUGUACAGACCUCCCUGCUCCGUUUGUCUAACUCCUCCGCCAGCAGCUGGGGACAGCUUUUAUCGGGCGGCUGUGGAAUAUGGACGCUCUGCAGUGAGGGGACGGGAUUCAACGCGCUGGACACUUUGUGCCACUCUCUUCCUCCGGACACUUGGACACUCCUUGAUUUCUGUGCGCUGGAUGUGGACCGAGUUCAGCGGGGAUCCCAGCAGACAUUCCCAGGCGGGUUGUGUAUAGGAAAUGGCGACCGCUCUGAGUGGCCGAAACCCUGGCGGACGUGGACCAAACCGAAAUAAGGGUCGGAUUUUAGGCUUCAUCGAUGCCAUCCACGAUGCUGUAGGGCCACCGAAACAGGCGGUGGCUGACCGGCGGACUGUGGAGAAAACCUGGAAACUGAUGGAUAAAGUUGUUCGCCUCUGCCAAAAUCCCAGACUCCAGCUGAAAAACAGUCCACCAUAUAUUCUGGAUAUCUUACCCGAUGCCUACCAGCACCUGCGGCUUAUACUGGGCAAAUAUGAGGAGAACCAGAGACUCACACAGCUCAGUGAGAACGAGUACUUUAAAAUCUACAUCGAUAGCCUUAUGAAGAAAUCCAAACGGGCCAUCCGGCUCUUCAAAGAGGGAAAGGAGAGAAUGUAUGAGGAGCAGUCACAGGACAGGAGGAACCUGACCAAGCUGUCUCUGAUCUUCAGCCACAUGCUUGCUGAAAUCAAAGCCAUCUUCCCCGGAGGACAGUUCCAGGGGGACACUUUCAGGAUCACCAAAGCUGACGCCGCUGACUUCUGGAGGAAAUUUUUUGGAGAAAAGACGAUAGUGCCAUGGAAAGUCUUCCGACAGUGCCUUCACGAAGUGCAUCUCAUCAGCUCGGGCCUGGAGGCCAUGGCCCUCAAAUCCACCAUCGACCUCACCUGCAAUGACUUCAUUUCUGUGUUUGAGUUCGACAUUUUCACACGCCUCUUUCAGCCAUGGGGAUCAAUUCUGAGGAACUGGAAUUUCCUGGCAGUGACACACCCUGGCUACAUGGCCUUCCUCACCUAUGAUGAAGUCAAGGCCCGACUGCACAAGUACAUCAAUAAGCCUGGCAGUUACAUCUUCAGACUCAGUUGUACCCGACUGGGCCAGUGGGCCAUUGGCUAUGUGACCAGCGAUGGCAACAUCCUGCAGACCAUCCCCCACAACAAACCGCUGUUCCAGGCCCUCAUCGAUGGCUACAGGGAGGGCUUCUACUUGUACCCCGAUGGUCGCAGUUACAAUCCUGACCUCACCGGUCUGUGUGAGCCAACGCCUCAUGAUCACAUCAAAGUGACACAAGAGCAGUAUGAGCUUUACUGCGAAAUGGGCUCCACCUUCCAGCUGUGUAAGAUCUGCGCCGAGAACGACAAAGACGUCAAGAUCGAACCCUGCGGUCACCUAAUGUGCACUUCCUGUCUUACUGCCUGGCAGGAAUCGGAUGGUCAGGGCUGUCCGUUCUGUCGUUGUGAGAUCAAAGGCACAGAGCCCAUAAUUGUGGAUCCCUUUGACCCCCGAAAUGAGGGCGCCAAGUGCUUCUUCCUGGACCAGCACAGCUGCCCCAUGCUGGAGCUGGAUGAUGAGGAAGACCGAGAGGACUGCCUGGUCAUGAAUGGACUGGCCAACAUCAGGAAGCACUGUGCUGAGCGCCAGAACUCGCCCAUGGUGUCUCCCAGCUCUUCACCUGUCAGCCAACACAGAAAGGCCCAUGGAGGAGACCCCAGCCACUUAGUCCAGCACCUAGCCCUCCCCCCUGUCCCACCACGACUCGACCUCAUCCAGAAGGGCGCCAUCCGCUCUCCGUCUGCCAGUCCCACCGGCUCCCCAAAGUCUUCACCAGGUAUGUCCAGGAAGCAGGACAAGCCUCUUCCAGCCCCGCCUCCUCCACAGAGGGACCCACCUCCACCGCCUCCCCCUGAGCGCCCUCCUCCCAUCCCCCCAGAGUCACGCCACUCUUGGCUCCCCAGUUCUUCUUCCAUCUCAUCUUCCACUGGCGCACUGGCAGAUUCCUCGAUGCCCCCUGAGACACGGUGUCCCAAAGAGAGCCACUUCACAGAUGCCCACAGGACGGGAUUUGAACACCCGUUCCAGUUGGUGUCCGCAGGACCCUCUCACCUGAACGGAAGACCACUCAGUUGUCCAUCUGCAGGAUUUGUGAGGUUACAUCACAGAAUGGAGGGGGCAGGAAACUCAGAGAGCUCCAAGCCCUUCUGUAACGGUGUGCAAAUGAGCGAUGAGUAUGACAUCCUUCCUUCCCGGCACUCACCAACACAGUCCACACUUGCCAGUAGCCACAAACCCUCCAACCCUUUCAGCAGUCCCGUGGUAGAACGAAAGCGGGGAGGGAUGGAGAGGAUGGAGGAUGACUAUCAGAUCCCCUCAUCCAACCUCUGCCUGAGCCAGCCUCCCAUCUGCAUCUCUGUACCCAGCAGACACUUGGAGAACGGCUCUCCAGAGCCUUCCAGUGAGGAGAAGAAGCCCCGGCCCCCGGAGCCUGGUGGACAUUGCCCCUUCAACACCAACAAGACACCCUCUGACUAUGACAUUCUUCUGCCACCCCAAGCAUUAGACGACCCCUUCAACAGAUGCCCUCCGUCCCAGCCUCCUCCUCCUCCCCCACCUGCGCGGCACAGCUUCACGGACCUCUCCUCCUCCUCCUCCUCCUCCUCCUCGCCAUCCCCGUCCUGCAACUCCUCCAUGUCCUCCUCCUCUGUCAUCACACGACCGCACAGGCCCUCCUCCGGACAGGAGCACCUGCUGUUAACUCCCGACACAGUGUUUGACAUGCUGAACAGUGCUGCUCCUCUGCCUCCAGUCAGACGACACACAGAAAAUGUUAAAGGCUCCAGAGGCUGCCUGGAGUACGACCAUUUACCAGCAAGUCAAGUAUCGAUGGACUGUUUGCAGGCCCCCGCCAGGCCGCCCAAGCCGCUACCCAGGAAGAUCCCUCCGGACAGUCAGCCGGGCAAACCCCAUAGCCUGGAGUCGGAGAACGUGGACGCCAAGAUCGCCAAGUUGAUGGGAGAGGGUUACUCUUUUGAGGACGUGAAGCGGGCGCUGAUGAUCGCCCAGUACAAAGUGGACGUGGCCCGAAACAUUCUGCGAGAGUUUGCCUUAGUGGCCCCAAGACUGAACCUCUAGUCAGUGAAAAGGGGAGCACAACAAUGGAGCUGUGCCUCUGAAGGGACUGACUAAAAAAUAAAGGGCUUCUUCAGUCCGCUUGGCCUCGGACUGUUGGAACAACAAUGAUCAACAGAAAUAUUUAAAGGGAGACUCGCCUUUUGUUGCAGAACAGACAUGACGACGCACAACAAAGUGGCUAAAACCAAAUCAUCUCGGAGAAUCAAUAAAAAGGGAGAAAAGACUGUCUGUGAAUGAUUUUAAACCUGUGAAAAAAAAGAAGCAGGCUUGUUGUUGUUUACAGUGAGCUUUGCCGGUGCUGGCCUCUGGUUUUCAAAUGCUCCUGUUUGUCCCGGGGCUGAGACUGUACACCUGUUUUAAAGCUCUGAUCCUGCUACUGCUGCUACUGUUCCUUUCACACCCUGCCACCCUCUGGACUUCAGUCUGAAGGGCCUUUCAGAAGACAUUUCCAGCUCAUUUCAGUUUAUAUGCUUAACCAGUUGUUAGGGCUCAUUUUUAUUUACAACCAGCAGGGGGAGGCAAACUCCACCAUUUCCGCACUCCUUUCCUGUUUCACCCACCUCCUCCUCUUUCUUCCCUUGUGUGUUGCCCAUUAAAGGAUAGUCCACUGUUUGCCCAGAGUCUGGCUGACUUGCAGGUCUUAACAAGGUCUGGAGUGUCAGGAGUGGUUAGAUGGUGCCGGAGGAUGCCUUAUUGAUUCACUUGUUUCGCCUAGACCUGGAGAAAACUGUACGACAGCUCCAGAGGAGCAUUCUUGUUAGACUAGGUAUCUUAUUUGGACAGGAAGAGUGAAGCAGGGAGGGGUGGGGGGGUUAGUUUCACUGUUUGUUUCUGUCCCUAGACCAGAGGAUUAAUCAGCUGGGGCCUUUUUUUAAUUACUUCCUUCAUCUGUGGACAGCAGGCCUUUGAAUGUAUUUGUUGUGCAUGAGUGAGCUAUACCUUUCUAUACUCUGAGCUCCUCUCAGGCCCAGGUUUUCCUUUAAGCGAUUAAGCAGUGAAAAAUGUUUUAAUGUUUGUUUUUCCAUGUCAAAAGCCAGAGACGAUCGUGCCUGUACUUCAGCUCAAGCAUUUAAGCGACAGGAGCGAGCCUGUUAUGUAGAAGUCAUCUGUUAGAGCUCAGAGAGGACGCACUCUGCAGCCGUCACACUGUCUCCACUUCAAUUACACAGCCAUCCUACUGUUGAAGUCCACAUUCCCCACAUGUUUUAGGAAUUGCUUUCAGUCUGAUUUGAAGUGGUGCAUUUUCGCCUGUGUGGCGUUGUGAAAGCAGUAGAGACAAAUAGAAUACUAUUGUAGAAGAGCAGAGUAAUGUGGUGUUAGAAGUUAAAAGCCCCUUACCUCAGAAUCUGGAAUCAGCUGUAUCUUUCCAUAAUGACUGCAAGAUGUCUCACCUAUGCAUAUAUUGGAUUUUUUUAAAUGUAACACAGUAUUGUUAUUAUUAUUAUUAUUAUUAUUAUUAUUAUUUUUUACAAUAGUAUACACAAUGCUGGCAGAUUAGGGUGCCAGGGGCUAUGUUUACAUGGAGGGCAAAACCAGGCUAUUCUCAUAGUGAUUAUUAAUAAUACCAGUUUAUAAUUCCAUUGUUUUGGCCAACGUUACUAUUGGUUAUGAUAUCAUUGUACUCACCAAAGUAAUUGACCCUCCCCUUUUUGCUCUGUGCUCCAAUAACAGUUGAGCAAGCAUCCCCCAGAACCUCUGUCUAAGUCUUCCUUUCCUGUACUUACAUAUGCUAUGUGCUAGGCUAAUCUAUGUUGAAAAGACAACCACAGUGUGAAGAUGGUUAAAAGAUUACAAAGUGACAGUUUAGCUAAUGUUAGCUAUCAGUCGUGAAAUAGGUAGUUAGGUUGCUAGUUAGCUAAUGUUUUAUUAACCAUAGAUUAAGUGACUGAAUAUUAUAUGUUAUAUGUUACUUUAAUAUUUAAACUUUCUACAAAAUGUGGUUGUCUUUUUAACAUCUAUUAGCUUAGCACAUAGCAUAUCUAAGUACAGGAAAGCUGACCGAGGUUCCCAAAGAUGUGGGACUUUGGAAGGGUCAAUUGUUGAGAUAUGGAAGUGGGAACUACAACAAAGUCUGACCAGUCAAGGAACGAGAGCAAUCCUUCGAUUAGACAGGUUGUAAAGACCUCCGAAAAUAUCAGGCUCUCCAAGUACCUCCUUUAUGACCAACGUUAAAAUACAGCAGCAUAUGCCGACCCAGUUCAGCUACAGACAGCUCACACAGGAGGCAGCUUUAUUCCUAAUAAGAUUAUUUAUUGUUAACCGUUGUUGAAUCCUUACCGGAACCGGUUCAAGAACCAGAGCCAAUCUGGUGGAAAAGGGGUCCUCCUGGUCCACACUUCUCUUUCCAAAAGUUCCUGUUUGGAGCCACGAUUGUUUUUGAGCCAUUCAUUUUACCUCCGUUGAUUAUCUUACCAUCACAUUUAAGCUCCGAACUAAUCAUGGAUGAAAAAAAAGCGACUUCACUCAAACAAAGUAUUACAGGAAAUGCAAAACUUAAAAUUACAUUUCAGAAAUCUCAUACUUUAAGUAUUUUUAUUUGAAAUUGUGCAGUAUUUUGGUAUAUUUAUAUGUGGUUGUUUAAAUUCAUUUAUUUAAUUUAUAAAAAAUAUUUGAGUGAUAAAAAUAUUUGAGUGAUUCCUCCACAUACCACUAGAGGGGGCUCGCAUACCAGCAGUUUGAGAACCAUCUAAAACACUUUAUGCGGAGGACUGCCUUUUUUGUUUUCUCCUUCACGUAAGGUUGUCUUACCUGAGGGUUUGCUUAAAAGCUGUCUUAUAAUAUUAACACAACUCUGUCUGAGUUCUUUUUAGCGAUGUUGCUGAUCUCAGCAAUUUGGAGAGUUCAAUGUCUUUCUUACUGAAAGAUGAAAUUACCCUUUAAGUCUGGCAUUAAAUAGAACUUGAAAUUUGAUGACCUGUUGAGUCCUUUCUCAGUAUUUGCUUCUAUAGCAGUCACAGAAACUCCCUUUCCCUGGGGUAACCACUGGUUACAGCUAGAUUUUGAAGCCAUUUUUGCAUCAGACCUGAAUUCAUUGUCUGGGAAACAUUGGGCUAACAGACAGACAGCUUACUUGUUGGUGUGUAGAUCAGUAGAGUAGAUCUUUUCUUCCUGACAGUACAAUGUGAUGUGCUGUGUUUCUAACUGUCAUCCUAAUACCGUAUAUCAGGACUAUAGUAACCAACAGUUAAGCUCAGCAAACUGAGCUAGGCAACCUUUAAGACUGUGCAGCAUCUGGGUCUGUUUUUGUUUUUGAACAAACAAGCAGAGUAAGUCAGGCUGUGUGUUUGGACUGAGGUUCCUCCUUCUGUUCUGCGAGCUAGUCCAAUAUGUACCCAGAGACAAGCCAGAUGAACACACAGAGAUCAACAGGUGGCGUUGACCCAUUUUCACCUCCACACACUCAUUUUUCCUGCAGCCAUUAUUAGGCUUUUAACAUUAAUUUGAGAUGAUGUAUUCUAGUUUUCCUCACAGAGGGGUUUUAAAAUGUUUAUUGAUUUGGGUCCCCUGUGAUUGAGGCUUCUUGCAAAGUAGAAAAGUCAGUGUAACCAGGGCCCGAUAUAGAGAAAUAUUCCUGGGUGGACAGAGGGUGGCAUGGAGACUUUAAAGCUGCAGUAGGUAACUUUUAUAAAAAAUAACUAUUUGUAAUUUUUGCAGAAACAUUCAUUAUAUCCUGACAGUAGUACAUGAGACAGAUAAUCUGUAAAAAAAAAAAAAAAUCAGGUUCCUCUGGCUCCUCCUUGUGCUCCUAAUUCCACCGGGCCUGGACAAAAACAACCAUUCAGAAGUGAGAAAGAUAUAUAGCUGAUCUUUUCACACACUUUCUGUUCAGAUUGUCUUGUGUACUACUGUCAGGAUUUAGUGAAAGUUUCAGCAAAUACAACAAAAAAAUUUGUUUAAAUAAAAGUUACCUACUGCAGCUUUAACUAUCUCCAUGCCACCCUCUGGGACAGCUUUAAGGUGUGGUAGAAAUAUAUGCUGCUUUAAUCGCAAAUAUAUCAAUAUUUACUUGGAAGAGCCCCUAAAUGAAGAUAUUUCAAAUCAUUCCACUAUUGUGGCACAUUAAUAAAGCAUUGUAUAGAAAUAUCUCAAGGUGGCAUUAGAAAUCAAUACACUGUUUUAUUUACAAAUCAUUAGACAUUUUUCCUUAGUCUUUUUUACUGAACAUGCACUUGUUCUAAAAUGUGGUCGUAACAGAUCAUUAAAUUAAUUUUAGUUUUAACUUAACCCUCUAGAUCUGCCCCUGAUUGUUUCUGGUCAACUAUCGGCAAAAAUGGAAAUGAGAAGGUUCAGUUUGAACAUCCUGAUAAUACAGCAGGGGGACAUGAUGAUCUCAGUCCUAAUAAUACAGCUCACUGACUUCUUUUCUCAUUUACAUGUGCUCAUAAUGUGAGAGUGAGUGUGAAAUUGAGUGGUUUUUGUGUGUUGGCAUCUUCACAGGUCUCAUGAUUCUCAUAAUUAGAAUGUGAUCUUGUGAUUUUAUCUUAACCCUAAUUUGACAUUUGUAUACUCCGAAGAAAAAACAGGUUACCAUAGCGACCAGGUUAACAAACAGUUGUUGUGUGCAUGCAAUGAGUAUGGCUCUUCAUGCUGCAUGGUCAACCAUGGAAAUAAAAACUAUGCUGUGUGAUGGAGACAAAGCAACUAUCAGUGAAUGUGCUCUUAAAGUCAACAGUGUGGGAGGCACAAAACAUGUACUGUUUUAUUUUAUUUAUUACCUGGUCAGUUUAACCCCUACCCAACCCACAUCUUUCCAUAAAGAGCUUAUAUCCAUCCCUCUGCUAUCCCUUCCUUUUUCUGAGCUGCACUUUAAAGGGGAACACCACUGUAGUUUAAAAUGUACAUAAUGUUAAUACUGAGCCCUGAAGCAGUCCAUAGAGAUAGUGAUAAUGAGCAAUGCUGAGAACCAAGUCUCUAAUCUCUGUUAUCAUCCACAGUGUACACACACAUUCACAGAACAUUAUUAGCCCAUGCAGCCCAACUAUAAAGUAUGUCAGCUCAACCAAAACACAUAUAUUAACAUAUAAUUAAGCACUUAGAUAAUGCCUAGUCAUCAGCUAAGCAGCUUUAUCUGCUCUAUCUGGUUCUGGACUCAACUUUAUUUACAUUUCAACAUUCAAAUGAUGUUUACAUUGUGCUGUCUGUGUUGGACCAGAAAAUGUUCUCUCAUCCUCAGAAAAAAACCUGCAAGGCCGCUCUCCUUUCAGAUUAGAGCGUAAUGCUGCAGAUUAGACAAUGAGUUAACACUUUGUUUCCAGUAGGCCUACCACAUGUAGUCGAUGUGAAAUUCAGUGGCCUUCCCCUUCAACUUGAGGCUUAAGUAUUUUGCACUGGUCUGUUUUCACACUUUUCUUGAACUUGAACGACUCUGAGCUCAGAAUUGUCCAUUCCAUUGGACUCCCUUGUGAAGGGGGUAAGUGGCCUUAGGUUGCAAAGGGCAGUUUUUAUUUUCUAAUUCCAUUUUCGUAUUAAUGUGCUCUGGUGACAAAAUAAAAGUGUUGAUAAUAUGUAAAGCAUAGAGUAAUGUGCAAUUAAUUUAUACAUUAUUAAUGCUUUUGUUAUUUUCAUGGAUAAGUAAAUAAAAAGUCACGGUUCCUUUGUUC